CUCAUACCCUUAUAACCAGGAAUCUCAUUUCUUCAUUCAGAAAAAAACAGAACUAUCUACAACUUUGCUUUGCACCUUAGAACUAUCAGUCUAUUCUACACAUACAAAAUAAGCAUGGCUACAACAUCCGCUGCAGUGUUGAAUGGGUUGAGCUCCUCUUUCUUGACUGGUGGCAAGAAAAGUCAGGCCUUGUUGGCAGCCCCCGUCGCCGCCAGAGUCGGCGGUGCUGCCGCUCCCAAGAGGUUCAUUGUGGUGGCUGCUGCUCCCAAGAAAUCUUGGAUUCCUGCUGUUAAAGGUGGUGGCAAUUUGAUUGACCCCGAGUGGCUCGAUGGAUCGCUCCCUGGGGACUAUGGUUUUGACCCACUUGGUCUUGGCAAGGACCCAGCAUUCUUGAAAUGGUACAGAGAAGCUGAGCUCAUUCAUGGCAGAUGGGCAAUGGCUGCAGUAGUGGGCAUCUUUGUUGGUCAAGCAUGGAGUGGUAUUCCAUGGUUCGAGGCUGGUGCUGACCCUGGUGCUAUUGCACCUUUCUCUUUUGGCUCACUUCUUGGAACUCAGCUUCUCCUCAUGGGGUGGGUUGAGAGCAAAAGGUGGGUCGACUUCUUCAACCCUGAAUCUCAAUCUGUAGAAUGGGCCACUCCAUGGUCAAAGACUGCUGAGAACUUUGCCAACUUCACUGGCGAACAGGGUUACCCUGGUGGAAAAUUCUUCGAUCCUUUGGCACUAGCUGGUACACUCCAGGAUGGUGUUUACAUCCCUGACACAGAGAAGCUUGAGAGAUUAAAGGUUGCUGAGAUCAAGCAUGCUAGACUUGCUAUGUUAGCCAUGUUAAUUUUCUAUUUUGAGGCUGGGCAAGGGAAGACACCCCUUGGAGCUCUUGGUUUGUAAGGAACUUCAUAUUAAACAUGUCAUUGUAAAGAGUCACUGGAUGUAGAAAGUAGAAGCCAAAGCUUGGAUUUAGGAUUUAUACCCUCGAGAAAAUUCAAAUUCUUCCCUUGA